AGUGCAGAAACGUAUGAGAAUAAGAACCCAAGACCGACCACAUAAGAUAAGAUCAAGAUCGCCAUCCGCCGCCUCACCAAAACAAACCCAUCUCGUGCCUGACCCUUCCUUCACCAUCACCACCAUCAUCACCACCACCCUGCCACUGUACCUCCUGAUGGGUUUGUGGGUCAAUGAGUUCCCUGGAAGCCCUGGGUAGCUGCUAUACCCAACAGGCCAGGCAGAGAUUAGGGCCACACCAUGGACGCAGAUCCCGUGCAGGCCUUCCACCGGGCGGCAGAGCAGGGCGACCUAACCAGUGUGCAGACCUUCUUGAAUGCCGGUCUUGAUGUAGACUGCCCUGAUCACGACAACAACACAGCACUGCACAUUGCUGCUGCCAAUGACCAUGAGGUACUGGUGUCCUUCCUGUUGGAGCACCAAGCAGACUGUGAGGCAACCAACAGUUUAGGAUGGACACCCCUCAUGCAGGCAGCCCGACACGGUCACAUGGAUGUGGUAGUGCUGCUGGUGCAGGCAGGAGCAGCCGUUGACAGGCGUAACAGGCUGGGGAUGACAGCGCUGAUGCUGGCCUCAGUUAGUGGGCAUAUGGGCACAAUACGAGAGCUGAUCGAUGCCAACGCCGACUUUGAUCCCGAGCCGUCCAUUGCCACCUGUCAGUUGACGCCGCUCAUGAUAGCAGCGCAGCAUGGUAAUGACGUGGUGCGCCUCUACCUCGACAAGGGAGUCAGUGCCAACAAGGCCACUCCAAGCACAAGCAUCACUCCCCUGAUGUUCAGUGCUGCUGGCGGUAGUCUGUCCACUGCACAGAUCCUGCUGGACCGAGGAGCCGACCCCAACACCCUCAGUGCCUGUGAUAUCACUGCCUUGGACGUGGCCAUUAUAUGCAAUAGGACCGAUAUUUCAAACUGCCUUCAGGAGAGAACUAGUCACCACAAGAAAAAAGGUGCACUGUGCGACAUCAUGGAUGCCUCACGACGUGGGGACUUAAAAGCAGUGCAGGAGAUACUGUUGGCUGAUCGAACCCAGUGCCAAGUACCUACAGCAGACGGUGCCACACCCCUGAUGGUUGCAGCAAUGAUGGGGCACAAGCAAGUAGCCCAGGUGUUGGUGCAGUAUGGAGCUCAUCUGGAUGCUCAGGAUCACAAAAAUGGUUGGACUGCUUUAAUGCAAGCCAUCUACCACAGACAGACCAACAUGGCCAAGUUUCUGGUGCAAUGUGGUGCAGACAUUGGCAAGGUGACUCACCGCGGCUACACUGCCUACGACUUUGCCACUGAGAUGCUGGACACUGAGAUGAUGCGAAUCUUUGUUGAGGCUCAGAUGAACUCACUGGGUCUUGGCUCCCCUGCUUCCAUUGGCCAGCCAACCAAACACCUUUCUGAUGGGUCCUCCAAGCUGGGACUCAAACAUUGGUGGAACAGAGUCUCCAACAAGUUCAACAGAGUGAAGCCCCAGAGACUCCCACCAUCCCCUGAACCAGACAGCCUUGGAGACCUGAGCCUGGUGCCUCCUCUUACACCCAUACAGUAUGACCCUGUACUGCCACAGGAGGUACGCCUGCCGCCAAUCAUGGACUUUGGGGCCAAUAGCAUCCAUGUACUGGACACCCUGAAGAGCAUGGUGCCUCCUCACAUCUCCUCCACAGAUGAAAAACCAAACUUGGCUCCCAAGGCCAUGCGUCCUGGUCGCAAAAUGCUGCCAAAGGGUGACAUGGAGUAUCCUCGCCAUGCAACCAACUCCAGACUUCUCAAGUGGAGCAUGGGGAGUGGGGGUCCAUCCCCUGGCUCCUCCCUGUCUGGCCCAAGCCCUCAGUCUUCAGGGGAAGCCAGAAGUCUAGGAAGUUUGCUGAAGGUGAAGGGUGAUCGCACUGCUCACAUCCGGGAACAUCUCCACAAGAAGAGUGACAAUGAAGUGCUAGUAUCUUCCCUGGACAGCGGAGGCUCUGGAGGAUCCUCUCUCAAGACGGUUACCUCUUCCAAGUCUUCAAAAUCCUCAAAGUCUUCUCGCUCCACUUUGGUUCCUCCCGAGCCUGGAGCAGAACAGGAGCCCAGUCCUGCAGCUUCAGCCCCCCUCACCCUUAGCCUGGGGUCAGGCCAACUUGCAGAGGUGCUGCAGAAGCUGUCCCUGGACCAGUAUCUGGAGGUAUUUCUAGAGCAGGAAGUGGAUCUUGAUGCAUUCCUUGAGCUCUCUGAUACUGACCUGAGAGACUUAGGCAUCAACUCCCCCUCUGCCAGGCAUGACAUCCUGGCUGCCAGUGCCUGCUUGAGGGCUCAGCUCCCUCCAUCCUAGUUAUCACUGUCAUUGCCACACAAGUCAUGUAAAAUAAGGUUUUCUAGAAAAUGCUAAGAUUUUAUGCCUUCUACUUAAAUUUUAGAAAUAUAGGCUACUACUUGAGAUUUUUUGUUACUAGUAAGUGAUAUCUCUCUCUCUCUCUCUCUCUCUCUCUCUCUCUCUCUCUCUCUCUCUCUCUCUCUCUCUCUCUCUCUCUCUCUCUCUCUCUCUCUCUCUCUCAUAGUGGAACCGAUACAAGUGUGUGAAGCAGGACACCUGGCUGUACAUUGCUUUUUUGUUCUGUGUUCAGUGAUAAGCCUUUUGUCAGAGCAGUAAGCAAUUGCCAUAUCAGUGCAGUGUAUGUUCAGUCAUUUUGUUAGCUUUAAUUCACUAUCUGUUGCAUGUUGUAGAUUAAAAUUUGUUUGGAUGUUUUGCUAAGUACUUUGAUUUUUAGUGAGAUGGGUCAGUUGCUGUGCAAAUGUAUCCGAUAUUUCUAAAUAUAUGUUUUAAUUUCUUA